UGAUAAAUAGGGCAUUCAGCAGACAACUAGGCAAGAGCCAAUACCAUUUUCCUUCAUGGCUGAAAUAGAGAAUUUGGAACCGGAUUUGGAGGAGCUGAGGGAGAGCUACAGGAGUGGCAAAACAAAGGAAGCCUCAUGGAGGAAGUCACAACUCAAGGGUUUGCUCACUCUCCUCAAGGAACAGGAAAAGGAUAUCUUUAAGGCCCUUGAGCAAGAUCUAGGCAAACAUUAUGCCGAGUCCUAUAGAGAUGAGGUGGGAACCUUGACAAAAUCUGUGAAUCUUGCAUUGAGUUCCUUGAAAGACUGGAUGUCAAGUAGAAAGGCUAAAUUGCCAAUAGCUGCAUUCCCCUCAACAGCAGAAGUGUUUCCAGAGCCUCUUGGCCUUGUUCUCAUUAUCUCUUCUUGGAAUUUUCCCUUUGGGCUGUCCCUGGAACCAGUGAUUGGAGCAAUAGCAGCAGGAAACUCAGUAGUUCUAAAGCCUUCAGAGCUGGCUCCAGCCAGCUCUUCUCUUCUAGCAAAAACCAUCCCUACUUACCUAGACAAAAAAGCUGUCAAGGUCAUUGAGGGCGGGGCCGCUGUUGGUGAACAUCUCCUCCGCUGUAAAUGGGACAAGAUCUUCUUCACAGGAAAUGUCCGAGUGGGACGUAUUGUAAUGACUGCAGCUGCUAAUCAUCUAACGCCUGUUACAUUGGAGUUGGGUGGAAAAUGUCCAGCCAUAUUUGAUUCAUUUUCAAGUUCUUGGGACAAAGAGAUGGUAAUAAAACGAGUUCUUGGAGGGAAAUUCGGGGCCUGCGCCGGUCAAGCAUGCAUAGCGAUCGAUUACAUCCUCGUCCAAGAAGGAUUUGCACCCACCUUGCUAGAAUUGCUGAGGAACAUGACCAAGAAAAUGUUUGGUGAAAACCCUAGAGAAACAAAAAGCAUGGCAAGGAUAAUCAACAAACAACAUUUCUUAAGACUGAAGAACAUUCUUGAUGAUCCCUCAGUCCAAUCUUGUAUUGUCCAUGGCGGUGGGGUGGAUGAAGACAACUUGUUCAUCGAGCCAACGAUCUUGAUGAAUCCUCCUCUCAAAGCUUCCAUUAUGACCGACGAAAUCUUCGGUCCAUUGCUUCCUAUAAUUACAUUAAAGAAGAUUGAAGACAGCAUUGAGUUCAUAAACUCAAGGCCUAAAGCACUAGCCAUUUAUGUCUUCACCAAAAAUGAAACUUUGAAGAGAAGGAUAAUCUCCGAGACAUCAUCGGGAAGCGUGACCUUCAACGAUGCAAUCAUUCAGUAUGCAGCAGACACCAUCCCUUUUGGAGGCGUUGGCGAAUCCGGUUUUGGGAGGUACCAUGGGAAGUUCUCCUUUGACACCUUCACACAUGAGAAGGCGAUCCUAAGAAGAAGCUUGCUCACUGAGUUCUGGUUUAGAUUUCCUCCGUGGAAUGACUUUAAGUUGGCACUCACCAAGUCAGCUUACAGCUUCGAUUACUUUGGAUUUCUACUUGUCCUCAUGGGCUUGAAGAAAAAUUCUUAAUGAACAUAGAAUUUACUGCAACAAAUCUUGUAAAGUUACAUGUGAUGGAUUCCUCUCUUUUCAUCUCAGUUCAUAGCUUUAACUGAUCAGUUGAAGUUGACAUGGUUGGGGUGGGAAGAAAAGAGAGUGGAUUCAUCUAUCUUUUUCUUUCCUUUUCUUUUUUUGGUGAGGAAGCUUCAUAAGGAGUAUCCCAAUUGCAAUCAUACAAUAAAAUGUGCAAAUUGUAAAAUUAAUAGAGAGAUAAUGUUGAACUCUGAUAUAUAUUAUAUCAACUUUUUCCUCCAA